AUGUCUUGUGACUUUCAUGGCAAUGAUCUUGAAAAUGUUCAAAUUAAACCGGAACUUUGCGGUGGAAAAUGUUCAGCAACACCACGCUGUACUCAUUUUACUUGGACACAAUGGAAUGGUGGUACUUUUUGGAUGAAAAUGGGUCCGGUUUCUAAAACCAAUGCGUUUUCGACUAAUGAUCUGACUAUGGUCUGUGGUGUAACGAAUGAUAAUCCAAUCGGACCACUCAUAUCAGGUGCGAGUAAACGAGGUAUUGCUUGGCCAUCUGAAAACAAGCAAGAUUCACCGAAUAUUUUUUCUGGUGGAAAGAUCUCCUGGAUAUAUAAUUGGUCACCCUAUAAAAUCAACAUUCAUGGCAUUGAGUUUGUUCCAAUGUUAUGGAGUACCAACAAAGGCCACAAUGGAAAUCAAUUUUACAAUCAAGCAAAAGGUGCAAAAGUUGUACUCGGUUUUAAUGAACCAGAACGUAGUGAUCAAGCAAAUAUGAAUCCGGUGGAGGCAGCACGUGCUUGGAAACAAUAUAUUGAACCUCUCAGAGCUCAAGGUGCUCGACUCGGUUCACCGGCCAUUGCUUCGACUGAACAAGGACUCAACUGGAUGCGACAAUUUCUCAACGAAUUGAAUAAAGUCGGCGGACACAUUGAUUUUCUUGCCCUGCACUGGUAUGGUCGUGGUGUGGACAAUUUCAUUAAUUGGAUUACCAAAGUUCGCAAACAUUUGGGUAAUAAAUAUCCAGUCUGGGUCACAGAAUUUGCAUGCACAUCAUGGAAUCCAAGUCAACCAGUUUCUCAACAAGAAGUCAACGAAUUUAUGAGACAGAGUAUUGCUAGAUUGGAUUCGCUGCAUUGGGUAGAACGAUAUUCAUGGUUCGGUGCACAACGACAACUGGAUGUGGCACUUGGCUCAACUAAUUGUUUGAUUGCAUCUAAUGGACAACUGUCCGCAUUGGGUCAACAAUAUGUUCACGGUUUUUAA